ACUUGGAAAUAACUCACAUUCAUGAGUACCAUGACCUCUCCUUCCUUUAGUUCUAGGGAGCUGAUCAGUGUACUGAGUGUGCUCACUUUAAAUAUGGGUUGCACUGUGCUGCUCGGUGUGCCCAAGGUAUGCAAGGCCUUAAUAACCGACAUGUCUGGAAGUACCCAGACAAAAAUGGACAGUGCCAGCUGUGUCAUGCAAACUGUACCCAAGGGUGCGGUGGACCAGGACUGGAAGGUUGUGAAUCUAACAGGACACAAAGAUUUUUAGAAGAAUAUCUCAGCUCUGUUGGUCCUCACAAUACAAGUGAAUAAGUAAUAAAACUUUGAAGCUCCAAAAGCACAUAAAGGCAACAUAAAUGUAAUCCAUAAGACUCCAGUGGUUAAAGGAGUUUGACCGCUCGCUUCAGGACUACAAUUGUCAUACUUAGAAAAACUUCAAACAUGGCGGUGAGACCGACAGUGCAUCAUCUCUUCAUCAUGUUUUUACAACAUAAAACAACAUUAUUGUUCCAUUAGGUUUGGUGGAACACUGUGAAGAGAAACUACUUGGCUCUCGCUGUCGAACGAAGGCUCUGAUCGGCUCAUUAAAUUGCGAACGAUCAAGCGGCUCCAUUUACAUUGAUCUGAAAAGGGUUGGAUGAUAAAGCAGACAGCAGACCUCGCUUUCGUGAACUUAUUUCAGAAUUCUCAAAAAUGGCUUGAUCCAUCUCGCUACCUUGUCAUUCAGGGUGAUGAGCACAUGUACCAGCCCAGCCCGACAGAUUCUACGUUCUAUAGGUCCCUGAUCAAUACAGAAUAUAUGGAUUGUGUAGUGGAAGCAGAGGAGUACCUGCUACCCAACAAAAGAUUCUUCAGUGGAUCUCAAAGAUCACAGUCUCAAUGUCACAAUGCAACAACAGAUGACUAUACAAACAGUCUGAUUGUGCGCUACAUAACGGAUCUGAUGCAGAAAGACCUCAUGUUGCCAGAAUACAUGAACCAAGAUGUUACCUCUCCAAGCAAUAUGAUAAACCCAAACCAUGAGGGAACGGCCAAUGGAGAGAUGCAGAAUGAUUACAUAGACACCUACGGCAUUAAACCAGAGGGGCCAGAGUACCUGUGCUACUCUUCCCUGCUCCCCACGUUCCCAUCUCAACAACCCAGAUUGCCAGCAGACCUUCCUGCCCUCUCCUGACACGUGUUCUUUUCCUGCCUGCAGCAGAGAACUUACAGUACCUUGGGCUCAGUACAGCCCUGCAGUCCCAUUGCGUUAGACAAACAGGGAGUGAAAUUAUUAAUUGCACUGCUUGAACUUCUGACAGAGUCCACACAACAUGUGUUAGUAUUGCAGCUACUCUGAGAACAUUAAUGGGGCUGAAAUUACACAUCGCUGCCGUAAUUAAUUUGUUCUUCUUGUAAGGGCGUGUGGUUGUUUAGACAUUAAGCUGUGAGUAUUGUGUUAAAUAUGAAGUCAGGAUCCAUUUCAAUAUUUUAAAUAGUUUAAGUCUUUUCAUAAUGUGAGUCAUAAACUGCAAAGCACAAAAAUAUAUUCCGGGUUAAAUACAAGUUAAGCUUAAUCGACAGCAUUUGUGGCAUAAUGUUGAUUACCACAACAAAAGAAUUUCGACCCACCCCUCCACAAAUCUGGAUUAGUGAGGCACUUACAAUUGAAGUCAAUGGGGCCAAUCCGUAAAUGUUCAAAUAUUCACUGUUUAAAAAGAAUAGACACAAGACGUAAACAAUAUGUAUGUUGACCUGAUUUUAGUGUGAUAAGAACGCUUACUAACCUUUUUAGUGUUAAGUUAUAUCUAAUUAUACAACUUUGUUGCCAUGAUGACGUAAUGCUGUAAAUCCUGUAAUCCCUCAAAAAAAAAAAAAAAAAAAAUGAAUUAAACAACUUUACAGUUCAAAUAAUACAUGAGCUUUAACAGAGGAAUUAAUGCAAGUGCUUUUAUAAAAUUAUAAGCUUGCAUUUCUGACUUCAAACCCUCCAAAUAUUGUCCCCAUUCACUUCCAUUGUAAGUGCCUCACGGUAACCUUUAUUUUUUUUAUGGUAAUCAACAAUAUGCCACAAAUUCUGUCAGUUGAGUUUAACUGAGAAUUGUUUAAUGGUGUUUAUGCUUAAAACAAGAAAAAACUAUUUUCCAAAGGCAAAACCUCACAAAAUUUUA